UCUGCCACAGCUCAGCGUGGAGCUGGGAAAGCAGGUACGGCUGCCACAGAUCCAUGGAGAGUGGGAGGGCAGCAGAAGAGGAGGGGCGUGUGGAAGCCGGGCUGCUGCUGCUCUGCCGCUGCUCCGAGCUCCAGGGCAGCCUCAUCCUCCGCUCUUCUGGCACGGACCUUUUCUCUGCUGCACCAGCCCCGACUGCCAAACCUGGCUGCCCCCUCUUGGAUGACACAAAUUCAUCAACUCCUUUUUUUGCUAGUCCCUGGAAUAAUCUGCACCAGAGACAGAGAGAACUUGGAAGGAUCAUCUGAAGAAAAUUACUCCUCAAAGGAAAGACACAGCACUGGAAAAGGCAAAAGCUCACCUCUGGCCACCCCUACCAAACACAGCCGUAGCUGUCAGCAGUCAGGGCUGCAGUGACUACUCCUUGCCUGGCCCCAUGGAGGAGCAGGAAAACAACUUUGUGCUUGCCCUUGGAGCCAACACCAGCAAGUGCAGCCUUGAGACCAGCCAAACAGAGGUCCCAACAUGCUGGGCAGGAGCAACCAGGGGUGGCCCAGAGGUGGUGAUCGUACCGGUGCUUUUUGGGCUGAUUUUCCUCCUGGGAAUGGUGGGAAACACGUUAGUGUUGGUUGUUCUGGGGCGCCUCCGGCCGGGGGGGCGCCCAUCGCGCAGUGCCACCAACAUCUUCAUCCUGAACUUAAGCAUUGCAGACUUCUCCUUCCUGCUCUUCUGCGUUCCCUUCCAGGCCACCAUCUACUCCCUGCCAGAAUGGAUCUUCGGCGCCUUCUUUUGCAAGUGGGUUCACUACUUGGCCAUGGCAACCAUGCUGGUCAGCAUCUUCACCCUGGUGGCCAUGUCUGUGGACAGGUACAUCGCUGUGGUGCACGCCAAGCGCUCGCCCUGCAUCCGCAGCAAGCGCAACGCUGCCCUCGGCGUGGCGGGCAUCUGGCUGCUGUCCCUGCUCAUUGCCAUCCCCGUGGCCCAGCACCAGGCACUCAUGAGUGGCCACCAGCAGGCACCCAACAGCUCUUUCUGCUGGGAGCACUGGGCAAACGGGUCCACAGCCAAGCAGAUGUACAAGAUCACCAUCCUGCUGGUGGGAUACCUCCUGCCCCUGCUGCUCAUCACCUGCUGCUAUGCCAAGGUUUUAUACCAUCUCCAUACGAAAGUAAAGAACAUUUCCAAGAAGUCAGAGAGAUCAAAGAAGAAGACAGCGCAGACGGUGCUUCUCGUGGUUGCUGUGUUCCUGCUCUCCUGGCUGCCACACCACGUCAUCACCAUGUGGGCAGAGUUUGGGCACUUUCCCCUGAACAACAUCUCCUUCACCUUCCGCAUCAUCUCUCACUGCUUGGCCUACGGGAACUCUUGCAUCAACCCCAUCCUCUACGCGUUCCUCUCGGAGAAUUUCCGCAAGGCCUGCCGCCAAGUCUUCACCUGCAGGCUCCUCCUGCGGCCGGCCUCCGCUGAGAAACUGGCCAGGGUGCGCAUGGAGAACUUCUCCACCACCCACUCCACCACCAACGUGUAAGCUGGGCUCACAGACGUGUUCCAGGAGGAAGAGGAGGAGAGAACAAGCAUACAAGUGCAUUCCAGGGAGCAGUGGAGUCUGCAGAAGUGUGGACUUUCCAGGUUCUGGAGUGGUGGGAGAUAUAUUUCCCUCUCACUGUGAUGAUACAGGACAGGGCCUGUCCUAGGGGACCUUGCUAGACACUGGGCUAUGUGCAACAGAAUCAUCUGAAUGCCCAUAAGAGGCAGCCCAAAUGAAGUUCUAAUUAUGACCAUAGGAUCUAAAAUAGGUUUUACACAGAAGGUAGAAUAUGUACAGGCAAGAAGACAGCAGUUAAUGAUGUCCAUAGACAGAUAUUGAGAUGUGAAUGAGUGAUGUGACAUUCAGAGAGCAGUUUGGGUCAAACUGAAGUCUUUGGAUGUCUUAGUUUCUUCAACAAAUUUGACCACGUGUGAGCUGCAUACACACUUAGCUCACUACCAGUGGUAGGGUCUCUAAAUCUCCUUGAAAGCUUUGCUGUAGCAUUUACCUAUUGAGCAAUUACACCUUUCACAUGAUGUGUCAGUGGCGUGGCUGUCUGCAUUUGGUGGCUCUGUAUCAGCUUAUACAUCCCAGGCUCUGAGUGUCUGUGUGCUCCUGUGUGUAAUUACUGCUGUUAAUCACUGGCUCCCACACUGUCUCUUGGUGAGCAACAAUAGGAAAAUGGUAUUUCUCAAUGUAGCUUCAAAAACCUGUGAUUCUGUUUGAAAGUACUGUCUACAAAAGGUUUUGUUGGUAAAUACAGUGUUCUUUUGAGUCUAUCCACCCAAGGCUUUUUAUUAGCCACUUUAGUAUAUAAAUGCUUGAAAUUGGUGAUGAGGGUUUUUUGGGGUUUUUUGUUUGGGGUUUUUUUUAAUGAACUGUUGUGAUCAAGUGUUCUAACAACAAACAGGUAACGGCAUUUGUAACAAGCUCAAAGUUACUUCUUGUAACUAUAUAAAGUGCAUAUUACUUCAAAAGUAAGAAGCAAAUGGCUGAAAGAAUUUCAUUAUUUCACUGUGUUGUCUAAUUUAGUAUUUCUGUGUGCUGCAAUCCAGACUGACCUGUUCAUAGACUGUAAAAAUGUGAGUUACAGAAGUUAGAACUACAAAUUACUUGCUGUUUGUGCACUGAAUGGGUUUCCAGUCUCCAACUGGAUCACUCUUUCACAAUAUUUCUAAAAUUUGAGAGCUAUUAAAUAAUUUU